GGCCUGAGGGCGGUGCCUCGGGCCGGGUGCCUGCGUUGGCUACCGGCUUCACAAAGAUGAUCAUGGCAGCUCGGACCAGUCAGAGGGCCCUGGCGAGGGUGGCAUCUGGGUGCCGUCCGAAGUCGACCACCGUGACGGAAGCCCCGGCGCGGGGGUCUGCGCGCAACGUCAGAUACUUAGCUCCCUGUCGUAUACUGAUGAACAGAACCCUUCCACCAUGUGCCUCAGUUUUGCCUAAAGAGAUCUGUGCAAGAACCUUCUUCAGAAUCACUGCACCAUUAGUAAAUAAACGAAAGGAAUAUUCAGAGAGAAGAAUUAUAGGGUACUCAAUGCAAGAAAUGUAUGAUGUAGUAUCAGGAAUGGAGGAUUAUAAGCAUUUCGUUCCUUGGUGUAAAAAAUCAGAUAUAAUAUCAAGGAGAUCUGGAUAUUGUAAAACCCAAUUAGAAAUUGGGUUUCCACCUGUUUUGGAGCGAUACACAUCAAUAGUAACCUUGGUAAAACCGCAUUUGGUGAAGGCAUCUUGUACUGAUGGGAAACUUUUCAAUCAUUUGGAGACUAUUUGGCGUUUUAGCCCAGGUCUUCCUGGCUACCCAAGAACUUGUACUUUGGAUUUUUCAAUUUCUUUUGAAUUCCGCUCCCUGCUGCACUCUCAGCUCGCUACACUAUUCUUCGAUGAAGUUGUGAAACAAAUGGUAGCGGCCUUUGAAAGAAGAGCAUGCAAACUGUAUGGUCCAGAGACAAACAUUCCUCGGGAAUUAAUGCUUCAUGAAAUCCACCACACCUAAGAGGAAAGUAAGAGCUGCCUCAGCCGACUCUUGACUAUUUGUUCGCUUCAGGAAGUCCUUCCACCAUCUAUUGAGAAGUCAGAAAGCAUUUGUUAAACCUGCCUUGAUUCUAAGCCCGCUCCAUUGAAAAUUUACACAUUGAAUAUGAACCCUCUUGUACAUAGAAUUAUUUCUUCAAUCAAGUGUAACUCUAAGUAACGUGUACAUUUGCAGGCUCCGUCCACCUUUGUAAUAAUGGAUGUCAUCAUUGUUGCUAGGAUACCACAUUCCUCGUUUGAGUGCACAGAUGAACAAGUCUUUUAAUUCUCACCUUACGUGAAAGGUUAGCUGAGCUACAGUGUGUGUUAUAUUAACCAUAUCAUGUUUAAGUUAUUAGGUUCUGAGUAUUUGUAACUUAUUACUGGGCAUGCCAUACAGCUUAGGGUAUUUGAGUAAUCAUAUAUUUAACAUUAAAACUUUGAUUUAAAGUACUGCUAAUGAAGUCUUAGCACUUUGGGUAUUUUAAAUUGUUCUUAUGGGUAGCAGUAGAUAAUUCAGUGUUGUUGGAAGUUGCUUCCCAGAUGUACUGAGUGGGGGUUUGUUUUGUUCGUUCGUUUGUUUGUUUGUUUGUUUUAUUUGGUGAGUGGUCCAGAGCUCUGAGCUACUUUUCUUGACAUUUGAAACUUCCUUCCAGGUGCUCUGCACUUUCAAAGGCUAAUUGUGUGUCAAAGUUUUGUCUGCCACUGUAGGCAACAGAUAAGUAAGUAGUUACUAUGUCUCCAGCACUGCUCAGGGCAUUUUCUAUUUAUUGUGCAUAUUCACUUUCAGUAAUAUUCUAAACUUUUUUUAAAGAAAAAAACAAUCAGUGUAAGGGCUGACGUCAUGACUUAAUAAAGUUAAAUUCUUUAUUUUUGUAUAGUGA